AAUUUUUGUACUCCAUUGGCAUUGUACUUGUGCUACAGCUUGUAUAAUUCCACACUAUUCCUGAUCGAUCGGUUUGAUUUUCUCCUCUUUCCUCAGCAAGUUUCUUCGUUUCUGCGCGUAUCAACCAGAUAUUUAGCUUUUCAGCAUGGCCUCAACUCCAGUAGCCACUGGAUGGUUGAGAGGAAGAGUGAAAGCUGUUCCUUCCGGGGAUAGUUUGUUGAUAAUGGGGAGCAGCAAGGCAGAAAUUCCCCCUGAGAAGACAAUCUCUUUGUCCUCCCUUUCUGCUCCAAGAUUGGCCCGUAGAGGCAGUAUUGAUCCGCCAUUUGCAUGGGAAAGCAGAGAGUAUUUAAGGAAGCUUUGUAUAGGAAAGGAUGUUACUUUCAGAGUGGAUUAUACUGGGAAAACAGGGCGUGAAUUUGGUUCUGUUUUCCUUGGCGAUAAGAAUGUCUCAUCGAUGGUUGUUUCUAAAGGCUGGGCAGAGGUUUGGGAGCCGCGUCAACAGAAGCCGGGUCAACAGAAAGGAGAUGCCAGUCCUUUCUUAGAAGAACUGUUACGUCUUGAAGUGCAAGCUAAGCGUCAAGGGCUAGGACGUUGGAGCAUGACAGCAGGUGCUUCCGAAUCAUCUGUUAGGAACUUACCUCCCUCCGCCAUCAGUUAUUCUAAUAGCUUUGAUGCAAGGGGUCUUGUUGAAUCAAACAAGGGUAGACCCAUGGAAGCUAUUGUGGAGCAGGUUCGCGAUGGAAGCACUGUUCGUGUUUAUUUGCUUCCAGAAUUUCAGUUUGUCCAAGUGCUUGUCGCUGGAAUUCAUGCACCAUCAAUGGGAAGAAGGGCUGCAACUGCAAUUACCACUGAUGUACCAAAUGGUGGAGCUUCUGCUGAGCCUCAUGCCCCCUUAACAUCAGCACAGAGACUUGCAGUUUCAUCAGCAUCUUCUACCGAAGUUCCCCCAGAUCCAUUUGGAAGAGAAGCCAAGCAUUUUACUGAGAUUCGUGUGUUGAAUAGAGAUGUCCGCAUUGUACUGGAAGAUGUUGACAAAUUCAACAAUUUGGUUGGUUCGGUAUACUAUCCAGAUGGUGAAUCCGCAAAAGACCUAGCACUGGAGCUCAUUGAAAAUGGUUUAGCUAAAUAUGUGGAGUGGAGCGCAAGAUUGAUGGAGGAUGAUGCUAGGCGGCAUCUUAAGUCUGCAGAACUUCAAGCAAAGAAGACCCGGUUGAGGUUGUGGACAAACUAUGUUCCUCCUGCUACAAAUUCCAAGGCAAUUCAUGACCAGAAUUUCACUGGAAAGGUCGUUGAAGUCGUAAGUGGGGAUUACAUCAUUGUAGCUGAUGAUUCCCUCCCCUAUGGCAGUCCAUUAGCAGAGCGACGUGUCUAUCUCUCAAGUAUCAGGCGUCCCAAAAUGGAAAACCCUCGAAGAGAUGAACAAUCUGAUCCCUAUGCCCGUGAAGCAAAAGAACACCUUCGAACGCGUCUCAUUGGCCGUCAGGUGAAUGUUUCGAUGGAAUAUUCCAGGAAGGUCAGCAUGGCAGAUGGACCCACCGCUCCCUCUGGUUCCACAAAUUCAAGGGUGAUGGAUUUCGGAUCAGUCUUCCUGGUUUCUCCAGUUAAGGUUGAAGGUGACAAUGCCUCUGUACCUUCUCCACCUACUGCAGGCAGCCAGCAGGCGGGAGUGAAUGUGGCUGAGCUGAUGGUUGCUCAUGGCUACGGCACAGUAAUUAGGCACAGAGAUUUCGAGGAAAGAUCAAAUUAUUACGAUGCCCUUCUCUCUGCUGAAUCUCGAGCCAUUGCAGGGAGGAAAGGGAUCCAUUCUUCCAAGGAUUCUGCAUCAAUGCACAUAGCAGACCUCACUAUGGCUUCAGUCAAGAAAGCGAAAGAUUACUUACCACACCUGAAAAGUAAAAGGAUACCCGCCAUCGUGGAAUAUGUUCUCAGUGGUCAUAGGUUUAAAAUUUUCAUUCCCAAGGAGACGUGCAGCAUUGCUUUCUCUCUCUCCGGUGUCAGGUGCCCUGGGCGUUAUGAGCCUUUUUCCAACGAAGCAAUUGCACUUAUGAGACGAAAGAUAUUGCAGAGGGAUGUCGAGAUUGAAGUGGAAACUGUUGAUAGGACUGGGACUUUCUUGGGUUCUUUGUGGGAGUCAAAGACUAAUAUGUCAGUGACACUUCUGGAAUCUGGCCUUGCAAAGCUUCAAACUUCCUUUGGCACUGAUAGGAUUCGAGAUGCUCACCUUCUUCUACAGGCUGAGAAAUCUGCUAAGAGGCAGAAAUUAAAAAUAUGGGAGAACUUUGUUGAGGGAGAGGAAGUUUCCAAUGGUUCUACUGCUGAAAGGAAACAAAAAGAAGAUCUGAAGGUCACGGUUACCGAAGUCUUGGGUGGUGGCAAAUUUUAUGUCCAGUUAGUUGGAGACCAGAAAGUAGCCUCUAUUCAGCAGCAUUUAGGUUCUCUCAGCCUUCAAGAAGCUCCUCUUAUUGGUGCCUUUAAUCCUAAGAAAGGUGACAUUGUCCUUGCUCAGUUUAGUGAAGAUAAUUCAUGGAAUCGGGCAAUGAUUGUAAAUGCACCACGAGGAGCUGUUGAAUCGCCAAAGGAUGAGUUUGAAGUGUUCUACAUUGAUUAUGGGAACCAAGAGGUCGUUCCUUACAGUGGUCUGCGACCAGUUGAUCCUUCAGUUUCCGCUGCCCCUGGCCUGGCUCAGUUAUGCACCCUUUCAUACCUUAAGGUUCCAAGCUUGGAGGAGGACUAUGGGCAAGAAGCAGCUAUGUGCCUGAGUUCGCACACACUAACUCAUCAGUUCAGGGCCAUAAUUGACGACAAAGAUACUUCUGGAUGGAAAGUGAAAGGACAAGGAACUGGGACCGUAUUUGUGGUCACUUUGGUUGAUGAAACAACUGGUUCUAGUAUAAAUGCCGCCAUGCUGAAGGACGGGCUUGCUAGGCUGGAGAAAAGGAGAAAGUGGGAGUCCAGGGAAAGACGAGCAGCUAUGGACGAGUUGGAAAAAUUCCAGGCGGAAGCACAACUUGAGAGGCUAGCAAUUUGGGAAUACGGAGACAUCCAGUCGGAUGACGAGUACUCAGCUCCACCCAUUAGGAAAGUGGCUGGCGGGAAGCGAUAAAACUGAUACUGAAGCGAACUCAGCUAAGUUAGCCCCGGGAGAGUUUUAACGUUCAGGCCAGAUAUAUAUAAGCUGCUAUCUGUAGAUUCACAAUGACAAAAUGUUGCAGCGCUAAUUCACGCUUUUGUGACAUUAGUUUCGUUUAAUUGAGAAAUUUUGCGCAUUAAGGCAACAAUUUUGAAAUUUAUUUAUACAACUCUCACAAGGCAAACUCCAGCAAGCCUGUCAAGU